CUCGAAAUGUCAUGGCUGUAUGCUCCCGACCUCGUCCAUCUCAAUCCACAGAAGCAUGCGAUUCUCUUCAUUGAGCCCUUGACGCAGGCUGUUGCCCUGUGUGAAGCGGUCUCACUGCUGAUGGGAUAACUCAACUACAAUGCUUGAUUCUGCAGCUGACCUCGGCCAACUGGGCGCUCCGCCCACGAAGUCUGCAACACCGCAGGCGACUGCGACGGUGAUCGGGAAGCGCAAACGAGUUGUGCCCGAUGCCUUGAGGCGUCGCACGGCUGUCUCUUGCGAUCGCUGCAAGCUGAGGCGUGCAAAAUGCAUCCGCAACACGCCCGGCGAGAAGUGCUCCAAUUGCGCCGGCGCCGGUGUGCACUGCGAAAGCACGCUGCCAAGGAAACACAGAGUGUACGGCAGCCUCGAAAGUCUGAGUCUGAGGUAUCGCGCUCUCGAUGCCUUGGUCAAGGGCCUGCUGCCGGAGGAGGAUCUUCAUGAUGUAGAGUCCCUUCUUAAGAUCGGCAAGGCGAGAGGAAUUCCCAUGCCGGAUCCCGAAUCUACAGAAACGAACCCGGAGAUCUUUCAAAACUCGCCUCAGGCUCCACCUACGCCCGCUCCGGACUCUGUCCGGGAGGAAUUCAGGACGUCGAACUCGUCCACGCCUCCACUGAAGGCAACGCCGAAGCGAGUGCGGGACGAGAAGUUGAUCCACGCGCCGCACGGGGUCGGACACUAUGUUGGUCCGUCAUCCUCACUAGGAUUUGCGGCCGUUGUUCGCAAGAUGGUUGCUCGAAUCAGUCACAACCCGAAGUUUUUGCUGUCCAGGCGACAACAGAAAACCCUCCAGGCUGAGUUCGUCAAACCCACGAGCAGCGGACCUUCAGAAGCGCAACGCCGAGUCUCGGCGUCAUCCAUCGACGCGAAUUCAGCGCUUCGCCCCCAGGAUGGAGGCUUGUAUUUGCGCGUCCUCGAUGCCCAAGACAAAGAAGAUCCCACAGAGGCGGUGUUUACUCUGCCAGACAAGCAAACAGCAGAUACCCUUAAACAGGCCUUCUUCGACCAUGUUCAUCCUAACUAUCCUCUUUUUCACCAGACCAUGUUUCAGCUACGCUACGAAGCAAUGUGGAAGUCGGAAACACCACCAGAUGAAUCGGAUCCUGGCUGGAUAUGCGUACUGUCGCUCAUCUUUGUCUUUGGCUCACAAGAGCUUGAUCCGUUUGGAAGUCAGGCGACAGCUAUUCAAAAGCGUUAUCUGAGAAUCGCUAGAUGCUAUGUGGAUCACCUUGUUUCGACCACCAGUCUGCAAAAUAUUCAGGCUCUAAUGUUGCUACAACUAUACUACCACAAUGUUGGCGAGCGAAACGCGUCUUGGAUGUUGCUGGGAUGCGCAUCCCGAAUGGCCAUCGCAUUAGGAAUGCAUAGAGAAGGAGCAAACGUCGGUUUCGACGAAUUGGAGCAGAACAUCAGGAAGCAGAUAUGGUGGACCGUCUACGUGUUCGAACGAAACUUGUGUAUUAUUCUUGGUCGCCCAUCAGCAAUUGAGGAGUCGGAGGUUACCAUCACCUUCCCGGAAGAAGCUAUUGAAAGCAGCAUUUGCUUGCCACGCCUAACAGCUGUCACAGUUGAGCUGACACGAUUGGCUUUCCGCGCGAAACAGCAGAUCUACAACGCAUCCGAAGUACGAUCUCCUAGUGACGGAGACGCGUUGACGGCAAGCGCUCAGCUUCUACUCCAUGAGUUACAACUCUGGCAUGACAGGCUUCCUUCGCACCUACGAGUAGGCAGAAGUGCUGUUCAUAUCCAGCAACGUCGUGCAGUAUUACUGCUCAAUAUCCUAUAUCAUCACGUGCGAGCUCUCGUCACUAGACCAUUCCUUAUCAGUCGUGUCAAUAAGCAGAUUGAUAUGGUCGAGCAGCAGGACGCAGCAAAGCCGAGCCUGACGAGCAUAUCAAACGAAGCUGUUAGGCUGGCUGACCAGUGUGUAACAGACGCUCAGGCCGUAAUCGCUCUUGGGACGUGUCUUUACAAAGAAGGCAUUUUGAACGGCACAAGCUGGCUCGACGUCUACUACAUCUAUCAGUCAUGCUUUGUUAUGUGUCUCAACUUUAUUCCGCAGCUUGCCGACAUACCCGAAUCUCCAGAAGACCAGGCACGUAAAGCUUCUGUGGAUGAGCUUCUGACACUAGUUGGAAACAUGCCACUAGCCGCAACGUUCCGAACUUUGGUUCAAGUCGGCUGCCAGUUCGCUAGUCUGGUUGGAGCACUCAGUGACCCACGUCCAGAAUCAACCGCGACGCCUAAGACGGCUACAAACCAUGAAAUUUUCCCCAGCAGCUCUUCCUCGUCUGUUGCUCCAGUCAGUGCACCGGCAUACCCUCGGAACGUUUUGCCGCUGCACAUGGAGACAUAUCACUCGCAGCCUCCCGCGCAAACCAGUUUAGGAGCCAGCGUCAACCAGCAAGAUUGGAUGAACGCGACUCAGAUCCCGUGGGACUUUCUUGGCCGCACCACCUACGGCCAAGCUCACGGCUUCUCGCAGGAGUGGUACGCCGUGCAGGCAGGCACUUAUGACGACAUGAUGUUCCCCACUGUUGUUGGCGGCACGUUCGGACACGGAUCUCUUCAAAACGAAUGGGGUAGCAAUGGGUUCAGGAUCGGCGACGACUGUGCAGCUGCGCAGCCUCAAGUCGCAAAAGACGUGUAUGUUCCAGGUUAUCAAACAUGAAAUUUGGCUCGGCAACGGCAGGAGUUGCAUGACGUGUUCCAAAGCUACAAACAUGAUGAACAGUCAAGAGCUCAAGAUGUAUAAAACUACGAUAGACAGUGCCAUUACUAUGUUUUACGACAGCUGACCCAGACCUCGGCUGCCGGCUUUGAUCGUAUAAUCAACAAGACCAACACAUUUUUGGCGGAAAUCCGCCGACGUGAC